UAUCUGCAAAAUGCAUACGAUGGAUUCAGCAAAAUAUGACAGACAGAAUAAACGAGGCUAUUUUUAUAAUGUAGCUUUAAGGUGAAUCCACAUAAACACCACGGAUAUAUGUGUCAAAAUAGAUGACCAGCUAUGACACCUGAAUGAAGGCAUUACAGAAGCAUCCAGCUGUGCGCAUAUAGCCGGGAGGCUGGCUGGGAACGCCCGCGUGGAAUCGCAUGUGGGAGGGAGGAUGGGAAAUGGAGGGAGGUGGAGGAGAGAGUAGUAGUGUAGUGUAGAAACCGCGUUCUCUCUCUUCAGUCUCCGGUCCGCUCAGUUUGCUCAUCAGCCGAUGGAGUAGAGCUCCUCUUGACACGCAGAGAGCAGGUCACCAGGUUACUCCCCUAUGAUGCGCUGCUUGCUGUUACCGUGAGCGUUGCGGUAUCAGCUGUAGCUAGCGUGGCAGAACGUGUUCUCGCGACCCACCGGGAGUUUGGAAACGACACAAUCACCACCCAACACGCGUUCGACCGGGGCCAGGCUGUGCGAGUCACGGAUCGCUCCCGAGCCGCCCCGCGCGCUCGCCCUCGCGCUUGCCCCUAUGGAGGGGGACGUGAUGGACAAGCUGGAGGACAUGGCCUCGGUGUACGAGUUCGACCCGAUCACCGGGAACAUCCCCGCCACUAAAGUAGAGAUCACCGUCUCCUGCAGGAAUCUUCUAGAUAAAGACACAUUCUCCAAAUCUGACCCAUUGUGUGUGCUCUAUACCCAAGGAGUGGAGACCAAGCAGUGGAGAGAGUUUGGUAGAACUGAGGUGAUUGACAACACUCUAAACCCAGACUUUGUCAGGAAGUACAUCCUGGACUAUUUCUUUGAGGAGAAGCAGAAUCUACGCUUUGACUUGUAUGACGUGGACUCUAAAAGCCCAGACCUCUCCAAACACGACUUCUUGGGUCAGGUGUUCUGUACUCUGGGGGAGAUCGUGGGGUCACCUGCCAGUCGACUGGAGAAACCACUGGGCGGUAUAGCUGGGAAGAAAUGUGGCACUAUCAUUCUGUCUGUAGAGGAGCUGGGUAACUGCAGAGACAGCGCGACAAUGCAGUUCUGUGCCAACAAACUGGACAAGAAGGACUUCUUUGGCAAGUCAGAUCCAUUCAUAGUGUUCUACAGGAGUAACGAGGAUGGAACGUUUACUAUCUGCCAUAAAACUGAGGUUGUGAAGAACACGUUGAACCCAGUGUGGCAAUCAUUCACCAUUCCAGUCAGAGCGCUCUGCAAUGGGGACUUUGACAGGACGAUCAAGGUGGAGGUGUACGACUGGGACCGCGAUGGCAGCCAUGACUUCAUAGGGGAGUUCACCACUAGUUACCGGGAGCUAGCUCGAGGCCAGAGCCAGUUCAACGUCUAUGAGGUGGUGAAUAUCAAAAAGAAACUGAAGAAAAAGAAAUAUGUGAAUUCAGGAACGGUGACCCUCCUCUCCUUCUCUGUGGAAUCAGAGUGCACAUUCCUGGACUUCAUCAAGGGAGGGACCCAAAUAAAUUUCACUGUGGCCAUUGAUUUCACCGCGUCUAAUGGUAACCCAUCCCAGUCCACCUCUCUCCACUACAUGAACCCGUACCAGAUGAAUGCCUACGCCAUGGCCCUGAAGGCUGUAGGGGAGAUCAUCCAGGACUAUGACAGUGAUAAGAUGUUCCCUGCUCUGGGGUUCGGAGCCAAGCUGCCCCCUGAUGGACAGGUCUCACAUGAGUUCCCUCUGAACGGUAACAUAGAGAACCCUUACUGUAAUGGUAUAGACGGCAUCCUGGAGGCCUACCACGAGAGUCUGAAGACUGUUCAGCUCUACGGACCAACCAACUUCGCCCCUGUAGUCAACCAUGUGGCCAGGUAUGCUGCAGCGGUUCAGGAUGGGUCCCAGUACUUCAUCCUCCUCAUCAUUACAGAUGGAGUCAUAUCAGACAUGGCUCAGACCAAGGAGGCCAUCGUCAACGGGGCUAAACUGCCCAUGUCCAUCAUCAUCGUUGGAGUGGGACAGGCUGAGUUUGACGCCAUGGUGGAGUUGGAUGGUGAUGACAUCAGAAUCUCUUCCAGAGGGAAGCUGGCAGAGAGAGACAUUGUCCAGUUUGUCCCAUUCAGAGACUACAUGGAUCGUACAGGGAACCAUGUCCUCAGUAUGGCCCGGCUAGCCAAGGAUGUCCUGGCUGAGAUCCCUGAUCAGUUCAUCUCUUAUAUGAAGAGUCGGGGCAUCAAACCCAACCCUGCACCGCCCCCCUACACACCCUCUGGACACACACACCACACACAGAUCUGACCACCUCACACACACACCUUUACACUGAGUACUGAUGAGAGAGACACCAUCAAAGAUUUGCAACCCCUUGGAAUCACGGGAGGGGAACUCUCUGUCUACUUCCUGAUUGGAACAUCGAGACAGGAAGUGAUGUAAGAGGAAGCCAUUAAAGCUACAGGUGUUUGUGUCAGAACUCUCCCGGACAGGUAACUCUCUGGACUGGGGAAGACAACAGUGUUUCUGUUCAUUGUGGUUUUAUCUAUUCUGUUUGUCUCUCUGGAGGAAAAGACAGACCACCAUGGAGAGAUUAUAUGUUGCUGUGCCAUACAAGGACUAUGGUGAUCGAUGACUUGUCUUUUUAUCAACAUACAUGGGCCUGUGACUGUUUUCUCUUGCAUUGUUAAAGAGCAGGUGUGAUCGAGGGGUCAUGUUGUGGUUGAAACUUGUGCCUGUCUGUAGAGGGGUCAUCUAACCGACCAAGUGGAACCCUCGUGUGAACACUGACAUCUCACCUUCCACCUUUGAUCUUGCAUGUGAUUGGUGUAUUGGAGCGCGUGUGUUAAGGUGGUGAUGUUUUUAGAAACCUUUCCAUCAGUUUACUAGUUUGUUUUGGCCCUCAGACAUGUCUACAUAUUGAUUUGUAACUUCAUCAUUCUAGUUUGUUUUGGGCCUCAGACAUGUCUACAUAUUGAUUUGUAGCUUCAUCAUUCUAGUUUGUUUUGGGCCUCAGACAUGUCUACAUAUUGAUUUGUAGCUUCAUCAUUCAAGGUGAAAAAAAAGAAAAGUAUUUGAAAUGUUUUGUUUCAUUGCUUCACUAAGUUUUUCGUACUCCCAUAAGUUAUUGAUUCUUCUCUUGCUUUACAUUUCAAAGCAUGUUUGUGUAGGAUGAAAUAUGCCUGUAUGCCUGUAUUUAUAAUGUAUCAAAGUGGCAUGGAUAUAUAAGGAUAUAUAAUGAAUUUGUUUUUGUUUAAUUAUUUGAUCAUUUCUAGGUACCUUCCCAGUUUAGAUUUCUCUACAACACACAGUUAGUUAGAUAGUUAGCAAUACGAUUAAGCACAAGGGCAAGAUACUUCAACCACCACAGCAAUCGGUAGAACCUGUCUGUGACGUCAUCGUAACUGUGACAUACAUGGCCACACCUGUAACAUACAUCAUCAUAAGUAUUGGUUUUGAUAGUUGACCAGGUCAUAUUUGGGAUCAGUCAAAGAUAUUUAAAAUAUACAAAUUAUUACGCAAUUCAAAAGCACAAAAAAAAUCAUCUAAUACUCUUUCAACUAUUCACAUUUUUUUCUCUCUUUUCAUCUCUCUCUUUCCAUAGCGAAUGGGUUUUUGUUUAUUGAUAUUAAACCUCUCCGGAUAAAGACAGUAAAUGUAUCCACUUGAAGAAUGUUUUAUUCUAUGAAUGAAUAUUUUAUUCUAUGAAUCCUUUUCAUGAUCAACAAUAACUCGCCCACCAGUCCUUUAUCUCUCUCUCUCUCUCUCUCUCUCGCUCUCUCUCUCCAUCUCUAUCUAUCUAUCUAUCUAGAUUUUCUGGAAUCAGAAGGGGUAAUUUUGGGAAAGUUCAUUUUGCCAUCCGUUAUACAACUCUCUCCUCUUACGAGUUGGAGUGAUUUAGAGUUAAGAGUCAGAGUGAUUUAGAGUUAAGAGUCGGAGUGAUUUAGACCUAAAGUAUUAAUAAUUAGUACUUUACAACAAUACAUAUUCCUCCCCAUCAACUUUAAGGAAAGCACUUUGUUCUAUUCCUUAAAGGUGUACUGGUACCUCCAUAUGUGUUUUAUUAGGGGGGAGAUGAUGAUGAUGAUCGUAUUGAUAUAUCACAUGGUAAUAUCCUUGUUUGUUUUGUUCUGGAAUGUGUGUGAUGAUAAGCCAUUUAAUCUGCAGAGUACAUUACAACAAAAGUAUAGAAUUGAAUAGAAUUGCACAUUGACUUGAAUAGGCAGGUUCAUUCUAGUAGUUCUAUUUCUAUAUAGAAAGACAAUAUCGCUCCUCAAAUCCUGAUCUGUAGGGUUGCCAGAUUGUGUACUGCACAUCCAUCCACUCACCUGGGGCACAAAGGCAAGACAGUGUUUUAUAUGUCAUGCCGACAUCUGUAACAUAGACACCAUCUUAUCCAGAUCAUGUGCAUGGCAGUGGCAAGUAAUGGCAGCAAGUUCAGUGGACUGUUUGCUUUCUCUUCUGUUUGGUCUCUCGUGCCUGGCCAUUUCUGUUGUUAGGGUAAGCUCUGUAGUUAGGAGAUAUCACCCAUAAGGAAACUGUAGCCGACCAGCAUGUUGCACAGUCCAUUGUUUAAUACUGUUUAAAAUAUGUGGGUUUUAUAUACACCUCUUUCCAUGUUUGUUGUUUAACUCUCUGGGUUUCUAAAUUGCAUGGUUCCCCUUUUUUUCCUUUGCAGCGGUUUUAAUUGUACAUGAUCGUUGUCAUACGGUGUGUUGUGAAAGGCUUUCAUUGGAUUGCCAUGAAUUAAAAUGAAUUCAAAAAAACGAAUGACUGCUUUUUAUAAAAGUUGUUGGAGAGUUGCACUUUGAUGUAG